GGACACGUGAGAUAAUAGUGACGUAUUCGGAGAGCGACGGAGUCGCUGUAAAAAUAGAGCAGAGAGAGCGUGACUUUUUAUCAUCCAAAAUGGUAAAAUCUGGAAAGCUCAAGUCGGGGGUCGCAAACAAGCUGAAACGAUGGAAGAAAGGACACAGCAGCGAUUCGAAUCCAGAAACAAAUCGUUAUCGACAGGCCGCUAAAAGUCGCUUUUUCAGCCGACCGAGUGAAAAGAGUGAUCUCACAGUCGACGCUCUUAAGCUCCACAAUGACCUGCAAGUCGGACCUCUGGAUGUUAGUGACCGAAGAGGAGCCCGCAUGGAGGAAGACGACGAGCUGGCCUUCACUGAGAAGACCUCCGGCACUUUCCUCAGUGGUCUGUCUGACUGCUCAAACCUCACCUUCAGUAAGGUCCAGCGGUACUGGGAGUCCAACUCCGCCCCUCACAAAGAGAUCUGUGCUGUGCUGGCUGCUGUCACUGAGGUGAUCCGUUCUCAAGGAGGGAAAGAGACAGAGACCGAAUACUUUGCUGCACUGAUGACCACGCUGGAGGCUGUGGACGCCCCAGAGUCCCUGGCCGCCGUUGCCUACCUCCUCUGCCUGGUCAUGAAACGGGUCCCUACUCCAGUGCUGGUCUCCAAGUAUUCCGACACGUCCAAGGCCCUGAUGGACGUCAUGUCCCAGCAGGCCAGCUGUGAGACCGGCUCCGCCCUCCGUUGGGUGCUGUCGUGCCUGGCCACCCUGUUGAAGAAGCAGGACGUGUCCGUGUGGAACUACCCCUCCACCCUGCAGACGUACCACGGCCUGCUCAGCUUCACUGUCCACAAGAAGCCCAAGGUCCGCAAGGCGGCGCAGCACGGAGUGUGCUCCAUCCUCAGAGGGAGCGAGUUCCUGUUUAAAGACAACGCCCCAUCCCAUCAUCCCGCGGCCAUGGCAACGGCAAAGUUCUGCAUCAAAGAAAUGGAGCAGGCUGGGGGCAGCAAGGAGGACACCACCACACUGCACGUGCUGGGGGUCCUGAAGGAGCUGCUGCCCUCCUUCCCCCAGGGGGCGGUCAAGACCUGCUGUGAGACGCUGCUGCGCGUGAUGACGCUCGGACACGUGCUGGUGACAGCCAGUGCCAUGCAGGCCUUCCACAAGCUAUUCACCGGGAAGCCCAACCCCAGCACCAUGUCAGCGGAGCUCAACGCCCAGAUCAUCACGGCCCUGUACGACUACCUGCCCAGCGAGAACGACCUGCAGCCGCUGCUGGCCUGGCUCGCUGUCAUGGAGAAGGCCCACGUCCACCUGGCAGGCCUGCAGAGUUCUCUGAACACGGGUCACCUCCCCCGCCUGUUCACAGCCGCCAUGACCUGCCUCCUGUCCCCCCACACGCCCGUGGUGUCCGCGGCAACCAACACGCUCAAGACCCUCCUGACGGAGUGUGUGGGUCCUCACAUGGAGGAGAUCGGCACGGUGACCGCCAGCGCCUCCUCCGGGAACGCCUCCUACGUCUGCAGGAUGUUCCGCAUCGUGGAGGAGGGCCUGUCCUACCGUUACCACGCCUCCUGGCCGUUCGUCCUGCAGGCCCUCGGCUCCUUCUACCGCGUGGCGGGGAAGCGGGCGCACCCCGUCAUGAUGAAGUCCCUACAGUCCCUGGCGGCGCUGCGGCCCACCCCCCACUUCCCCUUCACCGGGGAGCUGGACCUGGCCGUGGGCGGCGCGGUCGAGAGCAUGGGCCCCGAGGUGGUCCUGGGCGCCGUGCCGCUGAACAUCACGGGCUACGAUGACGACCUGGAGUUCCCCCGGAGCUGGCUGGUGCCGAUCCUCCGAGACCACACGAAGAACACCCAGCUGGCGUUCUUCAGCUCCUACUUUCUGCCGCUGGCCACCACGCUCCACCAGAGAGCUGAGCAGCUGCUGCAGGCCGGAGAGAAGCUGGAGGCCAAAGUCUACAACACGCUACAGAUGCAGGUAUGGACUAUGCUCCCUGGCUUUUGCACGGGCGCCACAGACAUCCAGACCUCCUUCAAGAGCCUGGCCCGGGCGCUGGGCACGGCCAUCAACGAGCGGCCAGACCUGCGGCUCACCAUCUGCCAGGCGCUCCGAGUCACCAUCACCAAGAGCUGCUCCACGGAAGGGGACCGGGCCGAGGUGGGUCGCUUCGCCAAGAACUUCCUGCCCAUCCUGUUCAACGUGUACAGCCAGCAGCCCGCCGCCGGAGAGCCCACCUACUACCGCAUGGCCGUCCUGGACACCAUCAAGGUGUACCUCACCAUCACCGACCUGGCCAUGAUCUGCACCUUCCUGCAGAAGGCCACGGAGAGACUGGGCAACAAGGAGAACGAGUUCACCCGGCUGUCGGUCAUGGAUCUAGUGGUUGCCAUGGCGCCCUGUGUGGACGAGGGCAACAUGACUAAGACCUACGAGCUGAUCAAGCCCUACCUGGAGACGAAGGAGGCGGGCAUGCAGAAGAAGGCGUACCGUGUGCUGGAGGAGCUGUGCGGUGGCGAGCGACCCGAGUGCCAGGCCUUCAUCACGGCCAACAUGGAGACGCUCAAACAAGUGCUGCUGGACACCCUGAAGAACGCCUCGUCGCCCGCCAAACGGCCGAGGCUCAAGGUUCUGCUGCACAUCGUGAAGCGUCUGGAGGACGAGCACCGCGACUUCAUCAUCGUUCUGCUGCCCGAGGUCAUCAUCUGCACCAAGGAGACUUCCGUGGGCGCUCGUAAGAACGCCUACACCCUGCUGGUGGAGAUCGGGAAGGCGUUUGUGCGCUUCUGUGACAGUCCAAAGGACGCGCUGGAGCAGUACCUGGCUCUGGUGUACGCCGGCCUCAUGGGCUCCGUCACCAUGAUCACCUGCACCGUGCUGGCCUUGACCCGCCUGGUGUUCGAGUACAAAGACUCCAUCGCCACGACGACCAUGGAAGAGCUGCUGCACAACGUGUGCCUACUGCUCUCCUCCAGCACCCGAGAGAUCGUCAAAGCCGCCCUGGGCUUCAUCAAAGUGCUCCUCUUCGUCAUGGACCCCAAGACCCUGGCGUCCCACGUCUCGGUCAUCAUGGACGGCAUCGGCAACCUGAAGGACGACAUGAGGAGGCACUUCCGCACCAAGCUGAAGAACGUCUUCACCAAGCUCACCAGGAAGUUUGGGUUCGAGCUGGUGAAGAGCAUGCUGCCCGUCGAGCAUCACAAGGUCCUGAUCAACAUCCGCAAGUCGGAGGCCCGCACCAAGAGACGCAAGGAGGCGGAGGAGGAGCCCGAGGACUCUGACAGCGAGGCCGACGCCCCCAAACCCCAGUCCCAAAACAUCGAGGACAUCCUGGCGGACUCGGACAGCGAGAUGUCGGACGACGAAGGCGGCAAGGGCGGCAAGGGCCAGAAGAAGGCGGGCAAGCAGACGCAGAAGGGCCGGGCGUGGCUGAAGGAGGGCGAGGAGGACGAGCCGCUCAACUUCCUGGACCCCACCGUGUCCCAGAGGGUUCUGGCGACCAACCCCAAGAAGAAGAGCCGGGCCAAGGAGCUGCACGGCUUCAAGCUGACCACGGACGGACGGCUCAUCAUCAAGGACGGCGACGACGAAGAGGAUGACGUGAAGAAAGACGCAGAGGACGACCUGAAGGACAUCCUGGAGGAGGCGGGCGUGAGGACAGUAAAAAAAGACGCAGAAGAGGAAGUACGACGAGGACGACCUCGACGAGGACAUGGAGACGGAUGCCAAGUCCAAAUACAAAGCCGGAGGUUCUGGCAUCCACAGACCACUAGGGGGCGGCAGAGACUCAGGAGUGGAAUACAAGUCCAAGAAGGGGAAGGGGGAUGUGAAGAAGACCGGGAAGGUGGACCCCUAUGCCUACAUCCCCCUGAGGAAGGCCACGCUCAACCGCAGGAAAAAGGCCAAGCUGCAAGGCCAGUUCAAGGGCAUGGUGCGGGGUGUCCAGAAGGGGGCGCAGUCGGGGAAGAAGAUGAAGAGGAACAUCAACAAGAAGAGAACCUGAAACCCAGAAGAAGCUUAUGGACUUUCUAUGCAUCGUGUGUGAGGAAUUUACACCGACGCACGGACACACGCGGACACGCGCACACCGAACGAGCGGCCUCUCAAUGGGUGUGUUUUAUGCUGUCAUGUUUACAGCAGGUAUUGGUGGUUUAAAGUUACGUUGUCUUCAGUUCUACCAAUGGACUGUUGGACAUGUUGUCUACAUGCAGGACUAUGGUUGGGUAACGUCUAUCCGAAAAUGAAUGUUUUUUGAAUUUAUAAGAAUCGACAUUAUGGAUAGAAAAUGGUGAUAUUGAAAAUCUGGCUUGUCAUAACAAGCUGCUAAUAGAUGUGUUACCAUUUGUGAUAGCUAGAGAAGGCAUCUCGGCAUCUGUUCAUCAUUAGUGUUAUUUAUGCAUCCCUGUUCACAGUAAAUGGAUAAGUGGAGAUAUGCCUUCAUGUCAGUACCCGAUGCGACCUCUAGAUGGUGCUAUAGACCAAUAGUUGAACCGUGUUUCCGAGUGCGCUACAGGGUAAGCUAUCUAAAACAGUUCUGCAUUUUUACUGGGAAAAUGUAUACACUUUUUGUUGCUCUGUUCAAUAUUUUCCCAACAGCUGAAUUAAACACCCUGUUUAAAAUCAAAAACUAAGCCUACCUUUUUCGGGGUUUUGCAAAACAUAUUGCCAUUGCAGUAAAUACCAGCUACUUGGUCAUGGAUAACUAAAUGUUACAAAGUCUUUGUCAGCAACUGAUCCUUAAGUUUAGAAUUGACUGGUUUUAUAUAAUCCUAAUACUUUAAUUUAGCAAUGAACUCUGACAUUGGCAAAAUAUUGGAGAUAAAGUCAUCGAUGAACUACUGUCAAAAACAUGCUAUAAUGAGGUUUUGGUACCAUAAGUUAUUUCAAAGUAGGCAAUCGGAUUCAGAAUUAUUACAUUUUGGUAGAACUAUCCCGGUUAGAAAUCCUGGAAAGUAAAACCAAAGAGCCUGUGAGUCAUCAGCGACCAGAGUUGGUUCAGUAGAAUCAAGGAAUGCUGAAUAAGAGAUGGACCAGAAUUGAGUUGGACCUGAACAACCAGUUUUUCAUUUCUAGUCAUUAAUAGAUUGAUCUCAAAUGCUUCUUUCUGAAUAACCUUCCAUAAAACACUUUUAACCUUC